CACACACAAAUUUACGCUUCAACGCCACAACCAACAUAAAGCAAAUUUUAAAAAUACCACUCUUUAGCAAAUACCUGCAAAAACUCAACAAAAAGAAAAUGUUUUUCUCCCUACUACAGACUCUAGUCUGUGUGCUGCUGGUGAAUACGGGUCUCUAUGCCCUGCACUUAACGGGCUCCAACUCUGGCGGCUCUAAUGGCCCCAAUAGCAAUAAUGCAGCAACACAUGCAACGGCUCAAUUGAAUAAACCCUCCUCCUCCAAUCCCUUUCAAACCUCCAGCAAUCGUUUGAAUGAAGAAUUGGCCGAUCUGGCCCAACUGGAGAGAGAACGUUUAAUGGUCAUGGGUUUGGUGAAACAAACAGCCGAAGAAUCGGGCUAUCAUGGACGGCCCAUUAUAACGGGGCGCAUUAAAAUGCAUCCAGCCGAGGAUAUGGACUCGGAAUAUUCCGCCUGGCUGGGUCAGCAGGCGCGUAAUGUUAUGUUUGGCAAUGUGGUCAAACAGCCGCUAAAUGAUGAGGAAGACUAUGACUCAGGUGGUGGUGGCAGUUUUGAUCCUCUGCGCUCCCCCAACAAAUAUGAUUAUGGCCGUAUUGUACAGCCUUUGGACAGGGAGUUCGAAAGUCCCCAUAAUUUGGAUUUGGAUGAUUUUAUGGAAUUGGAGCAGGUGCAAGAUGAUGAGGACAUGUUUCCCGAUAUGGAUGGCUAUGCCUACAUAGAGGAAUUAAUGGCUGAGGAAAAUAAGGAAAGAUUGCAGCAUCAUUAUCAGCCGCAGCAAUCUCCACAUAUGGGCCAAAUGCCUCAAUUUCCCGGCUUUAGGCAGCAGCAUAAUCAAGUCUCUCAACAGCAACAUAUGCCCAUGGCGCAUAGCUAUCAAAAUCACGAGGCCUUGGAUAAAAAUCAACAAGUCCUGCAGGAGUUCUUUGAAAAGGAGCAACAAAAACUCAAUCACCAGCAACAGCAGCAGCUGCAGCAACAACAAUUCAAUGAGAAAUAUCGCAACAAUAUUAAAAUGAAACAGAAGUGGCUGCGUAAACGCAAUCAAUUGCAGCAGCAACAACAAUUGCCACGCAAUAUAUUCGGACAAAAGAAUGUCAAACAGCAGCAGCAGCUGCAACCGGCUCAGCAUCAUUUCAAAAGUCUCAGCAGUAAUAAAUUGGCCAUGGCCAAUUCCGAAGCCACAGCCACUACACGAAUCAAUAACAACAAACCAGCUGAAACCGCACAACUUAAAUCAGAACAGCAACAGGACUCACACGACAAAGAACUCAAUAAAUCAGACAAACCAAAACUAUCCUCCUCCUCCUCCUCGUCCGCCUCCAGCAAAACGGAAAAGUCUGGAACACCGGAAAAAAAUCCAGAACUGCUACAGCAUCCCAAUCAUAAAAGAUCGGGUUUAACACCAGCCAGCAUGGCAUCAUCGGCGGGUAUAUCCUCGCCCCACAGUUUAGCCUCGCAGCUAAUGUUGCGCACAGCGCGUGGACAAAGGCAAUAUGAUGUGCCACAAAUUGAAUGCCCCACCGCUAUGGAUGGCAUGGAGCGUUUUGCAUGUCCGACACCGGAUGUACAGGGACGAUAUCGUUGCAUAGAUGAUCAUGUACUGUGCGAUGGUUUCAUAGAUUGUCCUGAGGGUGAGGAUGAGGACAGAAGAUCGUGUAUGUUUUACAAAACGACGAAGGCCCAUCUCGAUGUGCUGGCGGAUGCGUUACUGCGAUGGGCCAGAGGCCGCUAGGUUUACUAAGAGCAACACACAAACAAUCUUCAACUAAUAACCAAACAACAAAAGCACAGUUAUUAAAUGAAAUAUCCUCCGCCAAUCAUUAUAUAUAAAUAAAAUUAAAAUAAAAGGAAAACUAUAAAAAAAAACUGAAACUAAAACCCAACUGUAAAACUAACUGAGACAAGAGCAAACUAACACGAUAGCAAAAUUGAAAAGGACAUUGGGAUGGAACUUAAAAAGAUCCUGUGCAAUAAUCAAUACAUACUCUUUGAAAUAAACUGGAAAGCAGCCGCAGCAGCAGGGACAGUAAAACCGAACAAAACGUUUAAACAGACUUAAUCAGGUAAUGCUUACAAAUGACAACAACCAAAGAAAAAA